AUGGUAACGAUGACUUCAGAAGUGGACAAAACUCAAACUUCUAAGGCUACCAUGGCUAGUAAACCGAACGCAUCCACUACUUUCACAUCUACUGUCACUAUUGAACAUACUAACGGCAAUGCUAUUACGGAUGACGUUAACACAACAAUAACAAAUGCUACUGUAAAUCAAAGUGCAAUAACAACAACAAUAACUACGACUAAUACCUUAACAACAACAGUAACUGAAACUGAAACCGCAACAACAAUUACUAAUAAUGGCACAAUCGGUACAAAUGCAAACAACACGACAACUAACAGUGCCUGCACGUCCAACACAAAUAGCACCGGCAGCGUAAGUGUUACUGUUCCAACGGGUACAUUAGGAACUGCAAGCUCUGCUACGGCAUCGGGGAGUAGAGCGGGUGGAGUGAGCGGUGUUAGUGGUAUUUAUAGCAUCGAAAGUGAUAGCCAAACAUUAAAAGCACCGAGCCACAGUGCGGGAGGUUCAAAAGCAUUACAUUCAAAUGCGAAGACGACACCAUCAACGGUUCCACCGCCUCCCAAUCAAUAUAAGAAAAGUGAAGACUCACCAAAUGUGUUAGUGUACAAGAAGAUGGAAUCUAUUAUUGAGAAAAUGCAAGCAGAAUCAACUGGUGUAACUGUGCGCACUGUGAAAGCGUUUAUGAGUAAAGUUCCUUCGGUCUUUACAGGGGCUGAUUUAAUUGCUUGGAUUUUGAAGAACUUCGACGUGGAUGAUGUGACGGAAGCAUUACAUUUUGCACAUUUACUUGCAUCGCAUGGUUACAUAUUUCCUAUCGAUGAUCAUCAACUAACUGUCAAAAACGAUGGUACCUUCUAUAGAUUUCAGACACCGUAUUUUUGGCCAUCGAAUUGUUGGGAGCCUGAAAACACAGACUAUGCGGUUUAUUUAUGUAAACGCACUAUGCAAAAUAAGACUCGUUUGGAGCUUGCAGAUUAUGAGGCUGAAAAUUUAGCAAAAUUACAGAAAAUGUUUUCAAGAAAAUGGGAAUUUAUAUUUAUGCAGGCUGAAUCCCAAAGCAAAGUUGCAAAAAAACGUGAUAAAUUAGAAAGAAAAGUACUGGACUCACAAGAACGUGCUUUUUGGGAUGUACAUCGUCCGAUGCCAGGCUGCGUGAAUACCACCGAAAUUGAUAUAAAAAAGGCUUAUAGACGCGGUGCAUCUAGUCAUGGUACUGGUUCAGCGGGUGCUUCAGUAGCAAAGAAUCCCGUGGAACAACUGACGCGCAUUAUAGCAUUAAGGAAACAAAAGCUUGAAAGACGCACCAUUAAAGUUUCAAAGGCAGCUGAAGCUUUGGUGGCAUAUUAUGAGCAAUAUAAUGAAUUUGAUUACUUUAUUACUUCUACUGAAUUGCCAAAUCCAUGGCAAACUGAUAGCACAGAAAUGUGGGAUACAGAAAAAAAUACCAAAGAAGUGCCAUUAAGACGUGUGAAACGUUGGGGUUUUAGCUUACGAGAAUUACUUAAUGAUCCUAUUGGUCGCGAACAAUUUACCAAAUUCUUGGAGAAAGAAUAUAGCGGUGAAAAUUUAAAAUUCUGGGAAUCUGUGCAAGAAAUGAAAGCCCUGCCACAGUCUGAAAUUAAGGAAGCGAUUCAAAAUAUUUGGCAAGAAUAUUUGGCGCCAGAAGCACCAUGUCCAGUAAAUGUAGACUCAAAAUCUGUUGAGUUGGCAAGAGAAGCUGUGAAUCAAAUUUCACCAAAUGGACCAAACCGUUGGUGUUUUGAUGUGGCUGCUUCUCAUGUGUACCAUUUAAUGAAAAGUGAUUCUUAUUCUCGUUACUUACGUUCCGAAAUGUACAAAGACUAUUUGAAUUGUUCACGUAAGAAGAUCAAAUCGAUUCCUAAUCUAUUUGGAGUGAAACGUUGAGAUACGGCUAAUGAGGAGGAUAUGAAGAAAGGGAAACAAAUCCUUUUAGGAUAGCAGUAAACUGUGAAACGCAAAGCAACAAAUUAAUCACUAGAAUUGUUAAACAAAUACUCGUAUGGUAAUAUUAACGCAUGUGCUUUUUUAUUGUUUGUAAUUUAAAGGGAAUGCAAAUUUUUAUAGUGUACAAUAUAAU